CGGCGCGCAGGAGAGUAAACGCGUUCCGAGGCGCUCUCUCGGCUGGUCGGGAAUUCUGCAAUUCUCCUUGUUUUCGGCAGUAAAUCCUCGAAAGAGAGGUUUUAUUUCUUUCCGACUUCAGCUACAGUGAUAGCUAAGUGUGGAAAGGAGAGGAGAGGAGAAAUAUCCGUGCAUUUUGUAGGAAGUUAAGGUUACAGUGUGUUUGUUUUGCUGGGAAUUGCUUCGCCUUGACUACCGCCACUAAGGAAUAUAUCUUAUAUUUCUAUUUUAAUUUCUUUUAUUGCACAAAAACUAUAAAGUGAAGUCGAAAUGGAAAGCUCAGCAUCUAAAAAGGGCUGUUGUGAUUCUGUGCGUGACUUUUUCACAUCUUCGAAGUUUCUUAUCUAUGUCGGACAUGCUCUGUCCACCUGGGGGGACCGCAUGUGGAACUUCGCCGUGGCUGUGUUUCUGGUCGAGUUGUACGGAAACAGUUUGCUCCUGACCGCUGUGUACGGCCUGGUGGUGGCUGGAUCGGUGCUGCUGCUCGGGGCCAUUAUCGGGGACUGGGUGGACAAAAACGCUCGGCUCAAAGUGGCCCAGACGUCUCUGCUGGUCCAGAACUGUUCGGUUAUCGUGUGUGGUGUCCUGCUGAUGCUGGUUUUCCACUAUAAAGAACAGCUCACAAACCUCUAUAACGGAUGGCUGCUGACGUUUUGCUACAUUAUGGUUAUCAGCAUCGCCAACAUUGCGAACCUGGCCAGCACUGCCAUGUCCAUCACCAUUCAGAGGGACUGGGUGGUGGUGGUGGCUGGAGACGACCGCGGCAGCCUGGCAGACAUGAAUGCCACGGUGAGAAUCAUCGACCAGCUGACCAACAUCCUGGCCCCGAUGCUGGUGGGACAGAUCAUGGCGUUCGGUUCGCAUUUCAUGGGCUGUGGUUUCAUCUCGGGCUGGAACCUCUGUUCCAUGUGUCUGGAGUACUUCCUCCUGUGGAAGGUGUACCAGAAAACUCCAGCGCUGGCCAUCAAGGCAGGACAGAAAGACAACCAAGAGAUGAUGCAACUCAACAUUCAAAGAGAACUGGAGAAUGGUGAAGGCCUGGCUGAAGGUUCACAGCUGAUGAAGGAGGGCUCUGUGGUGAAGUCCGAUACAAAGGAGAAGCAGGGCUGCUGCUAUCAGAUGUCUGAACCCCUGCGCACUUUCCGCGACGGCUGGGUCGCCUACUACAACCAGUCCAUCUUCUUCGCCGGCAUGUCGCUCGCCUUCCUCUACAUGACCGUCCUGGGCUUCGACUGCAUCACCACAGGUUACGCCUACACGCAGGGCCUGAACGGCUCCAUCCUCAGCAUGCUCAUGGGAGCCUCGGCUGUCUCGGGUAUCUGCGGCACCGUGGCCUUCACGUGGGUGCGCAAGAAGUGCGGCCUCAUCCGCACCGGGUUCCUCGCCGGCAUGGCUCAGCUGUCCUGCCUCAUGCUCUGCGUCGUGUCCGUCUUCGUCCCCGGAAGCCCCUUCGACCUGAGCGUCUCUCCCUUCCAGAGCAUGAUAAGCCAUCUGCUAGGGGACAAGGCGCCGCUGAACGAGGGUCCCACCAUGGCCAGCGGGAUCACCACCGAAACCCAGGCGGCACUCAACAUCUCCACCAUGCAGGCCGAGGAAGUCCCAUACAUCGAGUCCUAUCUGUCUGUCAGUCUUCUCUUCGCUGGAGUUAUUGCUGCUAGAGUGGGUCUUUGGUCUUUCGACUUGACCGUGACCCAGCUCAUCCAGGAGAACGUUGCAGAGGCGGAGCGAGGGAUCAUCAAUGGCGUCCAGAACUCCAUGAACUACCUCUUAGAUCUGCUGCACUUCAUCAUGGUCAUCCUGGCACCCAACCCCGAAGCUUUCGGUCUGCUCGUCAUCAUCUCCGUCUCCUUCGUCGCCAUGGGGCACAUGAUGUACUUCAGGUUCGCCUUCAGGAGCCUCGGGACUCGGCUGUUCUUGUGCUGUUCGCCCGAGCAGAAAACGGACGCUCCCUCACUUCCAUCCGUUUAAGCCGUUUAGAGUGACACUCAUCCCUGCUACGACGACGUAUUACUCUGAAACGCUGCGCGAUCGUACUAACCACGCUUGCACAGCCAGUGUAUCUACUCAUAUUUAGCACUGUUCACCUCCGAGGUGCUGCAGAAAGGACGCAAAGAAAAAACCCACGUGCAAAAACGCCGUCACUCUUUAGUUCCCUUUACCGUGCUGCAUGUGACUUGUAUUUAUUCUGCUUAGCUAGUGCAUGCUUUAUUCAGUUCCAUUUUAGCAGCGUAUUGUUACUUAACGCUUCAUUUUCUGUUCUUGUUUUUUUUUUUCUCCUCGCAGUUCAGGGCUAAAGCGUCACAUUCAGGAAUACACACGAUCUACAAUCUGACAUUACAUCUGCUCUGUUGUCAAUAUGUCAGCUUUGGUGGUGCUAUUGUGUUACUGCAAAAGCUAUGCGCUCACUUGCAUGUUGUUUUUUUAUUUUAAAUCCAAAGUGGAAUUGAAAAUCGCUUCAGGCUGAGGGAGUGAGGGAGAACAACCGUCUGCCUUUUAUACAUUCCAGGUUCUAUAUGUGAACACAAUGUAAUACAAUACAAUACAGUAUAAUAUAAUCAAUAGCCGUUUCUACUUUUUAAACAAUCCCAUGGCAACUUGACUUCAGAGUUUGUUUUAUCUUUCAUUUUUCAUUCUUAUUUCACUCAGAAAAAAAUCGGCACAGUGCAUUAACCUGUGAUAUAUUACGUUAUAUUAUAGUAUAUAUGUUAGAAUAACUAUUUCUGCUUUUUUUUUUUUUUUGAACCUGUUGCUCAUGGCAACCUAAAAUCAAGGUUUUUUUUUUUUUUGUCCAUUUUAAUUUCAAAAGUUUACCCAGUGCGUUAACCUGGAUGUUCAAAUCAACACCCUUUGAUUUCAGUUGCACAAAAUACAAUUUUUUUCUUUUUUUUUUUUUUUUUGUCCUCUCUACCCCAAAUUUUUCAAACACAAGCACUUUAAGUGAUUAAGACUUAAGCGCAUCGAUGCACAUUCAGGUCUGUUUAACAUUUUGCACAAUUUCCUGCCAUAGCAGAGUACCAGCUACACAAAUCCAGCUUUAAUAAUCGUCUCAAAAAAAAAAAAGGAAAAAAAAAAAAGAAAACCUCAGCUUUUACAGGGGAAAAUAAUAAUGUCAGGCUCUGCCCAGAAUUCAGUGGUCUUGCUAGAGGAGAAAGUAAACACAGCGUAUUUAUUAUUUCAGCAUGGGUUUGGAGGGACGUCUCGAAAGACCUGCCAAACCAGAAAGAGCAGACGGCAGAAAUGGUCUCUGCUUUUCUGUGCGGCGUUUUUGUGUAAUGACGGAGGUUCGAGAGAAGCACGGGUCAGCUGUAGAGGAUGCCUGGAGACAGGGAGGGUGUUCUUCAGCUGAAUGCUGAGUCAGCGCUGAAGUAAACGAAGGCCAGCUGGUCUCUGUGUGCAGACGCAGGUGUUUUAACAAAAUGCAUUGAUUCUUUUUUUUUUCGCCCCGAAAAACGUGAGCACAUAUCCAGCAACAGGACACUAUUAAAGAUAAAGAUUCUUGUUUCAGGACUUUUACUCAAACGUGGCUAUUUACUACUUUGCUGAAUGUUUGUGACAAAAAAAUUAUAUAUUAUCUCUAUGACUUUGAUAUAUGACUUUUUUUUUGUACAUCUGUAAAGUUUUUUUGUUUAUACACACAUACAGUACAUAUAAAAAAUAUAUAUACGUGUAUAUAUAGUCUAGUGUUGUGUUCUAGUGAAAAGUCUGUCAACCUUUCCUGCUUUUCCUCCCAAUGUUAAUCCUUAUAAUGUUAUAGUGUUAUAGUGAAACAUCACUGUAAUGUGCUGUUCGGCACACAGAAUCGACACAAGUGUGGCGCAGUGACACUCCACUCUGAUGGAGGAACAGCAAACAGCUCAGGACUCGUAUGUUUCACAUGCUUGCUUUAAAAAUUUGCAAUAAAGACGUUUUUAUCUGUA